AUGUCAUCUGACUCUACACCUCCCCCAGGUGUCCCCGCUGGAACGCCAAGUGCUUCAAAUGCAGAAAUCAAGAACGACCCUGCAAAAACAGGGUUUUCUCCAGAGAUCUCAUGGUGGAUGAACUACUUCAAGAUGCUCUCGGGCCAAAUGACACCCGAGGGAAAAUUCUUCUUCCGAGAGUACACAACGGAAAUCGAGGAAGAAAAAGACUGCAAAGCUUGUGAGAGAGACCGCGACUGGCUCUUUACCUAUUCACCCGUCGUUCGCUUCAUGUCCGACAAGAUUCAGGCCCUCAAUGGACGAAUAGACCCUUCCAAUGUUCACUGCCGUCGCUGUCCCUCCUCUCUGAGGGCUGAUGGCUCUGUCAAUUGGCAAUCUGGUGGUUUCAGCCCCAAUCAUGGCAUCCUCAUAUGUGCCAACCACAUCAAGAACCGAAAGCAUCUCGAGGAUACGCUUGCGCAUGAGAUGGUGCAUGCCUGGGACUACGUUCGGUGGAAGAAUGUCGACUUUAUGGGCCAAAAAGACUUGAAGCACGCCGCAUGCACAGAGGUGGGUUAA